CACAUCAUGACAGCGAUUAUCCCAGCAAGUUGGAGAGAGAUCCUCCUCUACCUGCUCUUGGGCGUGAUCGUCAUCUUCGCAUGCAAUGCGAUAUACAACGUCUUUUUCCACCCCCUCCACAAUUUCCCCGGCCCCAAGUCGCACGCAAUAUCCCGGAUUCCCUACACGUACCACUGGAUGCGUGGAGACCUGGUUCGGCACGUGGCCGCACUGCACCGGGUGCACGGCGACAUUGUGCGCCUCGCGCCGGGCGAGCUCUCCUUCGGGGACCCGCGGGCCUGGCAGGACAUCAUGGGCGGCGGCAGCAGGGACCUACAAAAGUGGGACGGGCUGUACGGCGUGCCCAGGUUCCUGCCGACGCACAUCCAAAACACGACCGACAAGGCCCGGCACCGCAUGCUGCGCAGGGCUAUGAGGCCCGGCUUUUCGGACGCGGCUCUCAGGGCGCAGGAGCACGUCGUCGCCAGCCACGUUGACCGGUUCAUCCAGAAGCUGCGCGACAGGCGGGGCGCCGUUGUCGACCUGGAGCUCUGGUACCGCUUCAUCGUCUUCGACGUCAUCGGGGACCUGGUAUUUGGGGAGUCGUUCGGUUGCGCCAAGAGCUCCGAGUUUCACCCCUGGAUCCGCGACAUCUGCGACACCGGGGCUAUGAUGUCCUAUCUGAUGGCGGCCAACAUGUAUCCGAUCGUGAGGGACGUCGUCAACUUUUUGAUCGACGGCCUGGCCAAGAGCGGAUUCGCGGCGCAGAAGAAGACCUUGGUGCCGAUCCUGGAGCGGCGGCUCAGGUCGAAGACGCAGCGGCUUGACUUGGUGAAUCCUCUGAUUGAGAAUAUGGAGGAAUGGAAAUGGACAAUUGACGACCUGAUCCCGCAUGCCAUCGUGUUCGUCGGAGCGGGGUCUGAAACAACGGCCGGGGUUCUCGGCGCAGUAACAGCGUUCCUCCUCGAAAACCCAGAGGCGAUGGCUAGAGCCAAGGAAGAAGUUCGCUCGGCGUUCCUGUCCGAUAGUGAUAUUAAUCUGGAAAGGGUCGAGAGUCGCCUGCCUUUCCUGCGCGCAUGCACCGACGAGGCGCUGAGGCUGUAUCCCCAAUCUGGUUGUGCGUCUCUCAGAAUCACCGGCGACAACGACAUCAUCUGCGGCGUUCCGAUUCCGCCCAAGACGGUCGUGGGAAUCUGGCCCUACGCUGUGUACAGAGACCCAAAGUUGUGGCGCAAGCCCGACGAGUUCCAUCCCGAGAGAUGGCUGGGAGACCCCGAGUACGCCAAUGAUGUGCGUGAAGCGUUCAAUCCUUUCCACGUGGGUAGUCGAGAUUGUAUAGGCCGAGGACUAGCAAUCAUGGAGCUUCGACUCGUUAUGGCCCGGAUGAUUUACAACUUUGACAUGCGCUUGGUUGGCGCGGGUAUGAAAGAUGACCCUCGAACGUGGGUGGACAGGCAAAAGAAUUUCUUUAUUGUAUGGAAAAGGGUUCCACUUGAGGUAGUGCUAACUCCCACCAAGAGCUAA